AUGUGCCGCUUCCUGGUAUAUCGGGGAAGCGACGAGAUUCUUCUCUCCAAACUUAUCCUUGACCCUACGCAUUCCAUCCUGAAGCAGUCGUUUGACUCCAGGCUCAGACUGGAUACAAGAAGAGGCCAGAACAAUGCAGAUGGCUUCGGAAUCGGCUUCUAUACGGAUCCCAAGCUUGGCCACGCCCCUUGCCUCUUUACCUCGACAAUCCCCGCCUGGAAUUGCACCAAUCUUCAGCGCAUCGCCUCCAAGACUGCUUCCCAACUCAUCUUCGCUCAUGUGCGAGCAACGACUGAGGGAUCUCUUAGUGAAGAUAACUGCCAUCCAUUCUGCCACGGUAGCUUGAUGUGGAUGCACAAUGGUGGUCUUGGGGGUUGGAAGUAUAUCAAGAGAAGGCUGGGGUCGAGAUUGGCCGACAAGUGGUACCUUGGGGUUCAAGGUGGUACAGACAGCGAAUGGGCGUUUGCGCUCUUCCUUGAUACUCUCGAAAGGAUGGGCAUCGAUCCAGAUUCGCAGCCCGCCCACGGUUUCGGGCCUACAGUACUAAGAAAGGCUAUGCUGAAGACCAUCGCCACAAUCAACGAAUUGAUCGACGAAAUCCCAGAAAGCACGAUUCAGGCGGAAAACAUCGACACUCGAAGCUUGCUCAACUUUGCUGUCACAGACGGCAAAAGCGUAAUUUGCACCCGAUACAUAAGCAGCGCGACAGACGAAGCCGCGAGUCUCUACUACUCUUCAGGCACUGAAUGGGGCACGAGGACAUCGGCAGCAACCGACCGGAACUACCAAAUGGAACGCCAAGAUAAAGGUGCAGAUAUCGUACUUGUCGCAAGUGAACCGCUGACGUUUGAGAGAGAGAAUUGGGUCAACGUUCCCACAAACUCGAUCUUGACAAUCCACAACCAAACUGUCAUGGUUCAUCCGAUCAUUGACAAGUACUAUGAUCGAAGCCCAUACCACGCCAGAUCAAGCGCUUUUGUUCAGACGAAGGGGCUCAUGGCGAACGAGAAGAUUUCGUCACUACUCAGCCCGGCAGCAACGUCGCUGCCAACCCCCGAGACUGCAAAAAAGAGUCUUGGGCCGACCAUUCCCUUUACCGUUUCUCGCAACCACACCCCUGAGCCUACCAACGUUGGCAAAUCUCGGCCACACAGCCAACUUCACGAGGUAUCAACUCCGGCAGACUCUAGGUCUAUUAUGACCAUUUCGAGCGCGCAGACGAGCACGUCAAAGCCUCCAGUUCAAGGAAAUAUCAAGGUGAAACGGGCGGCGCUAGAGCAAGCUCCCAGUACCGAUAGCGAUACAGACUCACUGCUGCCUGCGGAGGAUCAGGCGCAGAGCAGGACAGAAUUUGGCCAUCCUAAUAAGUUGUCGAGAUUCUUCCCUGAGUUGACCAUGACCUAG